UUUACUUCCGUGUUCUAGCGAUGGAUUAUAUACAAUGGACGUACAUUCUGUUAUUAACUGGACUGGGACAUUGCUAUGUAAAUCUAUGCAGAAAACAAGGAGCAGUAGCUUCUCAAAGCUCCACACGCGAGGGGGCAUUUCCAGCGAGUAAAGCAAUUGACAAAUUGAAAGGCCAGACAUACGGGAAGUGUUCACAUACAGCUGUAGGACAGUCCAUAGCUUGGUUUCAAGUCGACCUUGGAGGCGAAUAUAGUUUGGAAUCUGUGACAAUAUACUACAGAAAUGAGACUGAGUGGCCUCCAUAUCGAUUUCGCCAGUUCUACUUAGAUGUAUCAAACAGAUCGGCGAACUCCACUACAACCUUAACGUCAGAGAGAAAACGUUGUUACAAGGACAACACAACCGCCCUGGCCACGCCUCCAUCCGUGAUUGACAUUCCUUGUAAAGAAACAGCGAGAUACGCCAUCGUGGAGACCACGUACAACGCCCAGGAAGCUAUAAAUCUUAACCAGGGUGGGCCUGUGUUGGAGAUUUGUGAGAUAGAAGUUUAUGGUUGUGAUGUAGGAAGAUAUGGGGAAUCAUGUUCACAAUGCCAAGGCUGUUCAACAUGUGACAUCAUUAGUGGAAAGUGUCCUUGUGAUGAUACCUGUGUAAAUGCUGCAUGCAAUCCAUCUAAUGGAUAUUGCACCAAAGGCUGUAUCACGGGGUACUGGGGAAACAGGUGUAAGUCAAAGUGUAACCAACACUGCAUAGGAAACACGUGUGAACAAGGAAACGGAACUUGUACCACUGGUUGUGUAGACUUUUAUUAUGGAUACACAUGUGAACACCAGUGUGGCCCCCAGUGUAGUCCCCGGACUUGUGACAGGGUCACUGGAGCGUGUAGUGACUGUAAUGCUGGGUAUUACGGUCAAUUAUGUAACAGAGCAUGCAAUCCCUACUGUAAGUCAGGAACAUGUGAUGCACACAACGGACACUGCAUUGGGGGCUGUAAACCAAAGUGGACAGGAGAUCUCUGUGACAGAUGUGACGCAGUACAUUUCGGACCUACUUGCUCUGAAGAGUGCGGUGGACACUGUAAGGGACGAGUGUGUGAUGACGUCACUGGCUCCUGUACUGAUGGAUGUGAAACUGGAUACUACAAAGACACGUGUAAUAUAACAUGUAAUCCAUACUGUAAAAACAGAUGCAACAGGAAUUCUGGGUAUUGUGAUUAUGGCUGCAUCGAUGGAAAGUUUGGAGUGGCGUGUCACAAUAUUUGCGGUCCUGGUUGUACAUCAAAGGAAUGUGAAAAAAUCACAGGGAGUUGUACUUGUAAAAGGGGAUGGCAAGGGAUAAGAUGUACAGAAUGCAGUCCAACAUUCUACGGCGCGUCCUGUGAGGAGGAGUGUAGUGCUCAUUGCUAUAACGGGACGUGUUACGUAAACAAUGGAUCAUGUAUUGGUGGAUGUAAUAGAGACUAUACGGGCGACAAAUGUACACAAGCCCUGUUUACAAGCAGUUCCGAAUCACCGGAACUUCCAGUGGCGGCCAUUGGCGCUGGAGUUGGAGGUGUUCUCAUUGUUCUCAUAGCCGUGAUAGUGACAGUCGUCUUUUUCAGAUUUAGACGACAGAAGCAGCCCAAUUCGUCAACGCCAUCCAUAUCCUAUAAAACCGAUAGAAAAGGUUCGCCAGUAGGAAACAAAUUGUACACAAACAUCGCCACUGUUUCUGUUUCAAUUGAGGACCCGGAAGAGGAACCUCAGAGUGAAAACCCGGAAGAAGCAGUGUACUAUAACAAUUUGUCAGUGGCCAAGGACAUUGCUGUAAAAAAUCUUCUAAAUGCUAUACGACAAAAGGAAGCUGACAAAAAUGCCGGUUUUAUGAAAGAAUUUAAGUCGAUUCCGUAUGGUGAAAGAUUUCCCUGCAAUACGGCAAAAGUAGAAGAAAACAAGCUGAAAAACAGAUUUAAAACAACUUUCCCAUAUGAUCAUUCGAGAGUCGUAUUGGAAAGUGGUGACGGGUUCACUUCAGAUUACAUAAACGCAAAUUACAUUGAGAACAUGGAUGGUAGACGUGAAUACAUUGCCUCUCAAGGUCCAAGAGAAAACACUUUGGUAGACCACUGGCGGAUGGUCUGGCAGGAACAUAUUCAAUAUAUCGUCAUGUUGACCAACCUCAUAGAGGGACCCAAGGUGAAGUGUCAUCAGUACUGGCCAAGUGAAGGUCAUGAACUCGAUGUCAAUCCAUUUUCCGUCACAUUGCUGGAAGAGAAAGCGUAUGCAUAUUAUGUUAUCAGGAAGAUGACAGUGCGCAAGAAGAGGGUCACAGGGUCAAGGACGGUUGUACAAUUUCACUACACAAGAUGGCCGGAUCACGGGACACCCAAUCCUUUGAAUCUGGUCGUUUUCCACCGUCACUUUCGACACAAAAUCAAACCUUCUCAAGAUCCCAUUCUUGUACAUUGCAGUGCGGGGAUUGGUCGAACCGGGACGUUCAUUGCACUUGAUGUUCUGUCCAG